GCCAACAAAUAUACAUAUUCUAAAAUACAGUACUGAAUGAGCCUUUCUCAACGUACCAUUAUUUUCAUCUCUGCUGUCCUUUGCAUCUCUUCACAUUCAUUUGAUCUUUCAAUCUGAGACAUGAGCUGGUGGUGGUCCGGAGCUAUCGGUGCUGCCAAGAAAACAUUGGAGGAAGUUGAAGCACAGCAAAGCUUUCAGAACGUAGCGUUGGUGAUCGGCGUGACUGGCAUAGUUGGCAACAGCCUCGCCGAAAUUCUACCUCUGCCAGACACACCAGGUGGAAGAUGGAAAGUCUACGGGGUUGCAAGAAGGCCACGGCCUUCCUGGAAUGCCGAUCACCCCAUAGAAUACAUUCAAUGCGACAUCACCGAUCAAAACGACACCCAGGCCAAACUCUCCAUUCUCACGGACGUCACUCACAUCUUCUACGUCUGUUGGACUAGCCGUCCCACCGAGGAAGAAAACUGUGAAGUUAACGGGGCUAUGUUAAAGAACGUCCUCCAGUCCGUUAUCCCAAGCGCUCCGAAUCUCCGUCAUGUAACCCUCCAGACUGGCGGAAAGCAUUAUUUAGGACCGUUCGAUCUGAUCGGGAAGAUUAAUAGCCACGAGGCCCCGUACACCGAGGAUCUACCGCGUUUGGAUAUACAGAAUUUCUAUUACACUCAGGAAGAUAUCUUGUUUGAAGAAACACAAAAGAAAGAGGGUUUGAGUUGGUCUGUUCAUAGACCUCUUCUCAUCUUUGGUUUCUCACCUUACAGUUUGAUGAAUAUUGUUGGCACUCUUUGCGUUUACGCUGCAAUGUGCAAGCAUGAAGGUGUUCCGUUGAGAUUUCCCGGAACAAAGGAAGCUUGGGAGAGUUACUAUAUGGCCUCUGAUGCGGAUUUGAUUGCAGAGCAACACAUUUGGGCAGCGGUGGAUCCAUAUGCUAAGAACGAAGCAUUCAACUGCAGCAACGGUGAUGUGUUCAGGUGGAAGCAGUUAUGGAAGGUUUUGGCGGAAGAGUUUGAGAUUGAGGAGUACGGAUAUGAGGAGGGUCCUCGUUUGAAGUUGUCGGAAAUGAUGAAGGAUAAGGGUCCUGUUUGGGAUGAGAUUGUGAAGGAGAAUGAGCUUGAAGCUACGAAGGUGGAAGAAGUUGGUGAAUGGUGGAUUGCAGAUGCUAGUUUUGGAAUGGAAAAUGUUGUGGAUAGCAUGAACAAGGCGAAAGAGCAUGGGUUUUUGGGAUUCAGAAAUAGCAAGAAUUCUCUUAUUAAUUGGAUAGAUAAAACUAGAGCUUAUAAGAUUGUUCCGUAAAUCAUGUAUAUUGUGGCUCUGCUUUCUCUUACUGUGUGUCCUGUUUCAUUGAUGUACUAAGCGUAUGUUUGGUGGAGCGUUGGAUUUGCCGCAGAUUUGAUUUUAGAGAAGCUACUAUGUGUAGCUUUUGCAUCAAAGGUCCCAAAUAACUACCAAAAUGCCACUGCAGAUGUGAUUUUGCUAAAGAAAACGCGUUACCAAACAUAUACUAAUAUUUUUAAAUAA